AUGGCCGAGUGGUCUAAGGCGCCAGACUCAAGCGAUAGCUUGCCUCGAGUUCGAGGCCUGUGGGCGUUCUGGUACUCGUAUGGGUGCGUGGGUUCGAAUCCCACUUCGUGCAGAUAUUUUUGUGCACCUUUCAAAGGUUUUUAUUUUGUUUUGCUUUUUUUAUUUUGACAUUUGUGAAAAUAUGUUACGAACAUACCGAACAUAAUUCAGAUCUGUGCGAGAUUUUCGCGAUGACUUCAGUCCUGAAUUCAUAGGCCAUGGGAAGGGCGAAGAGAAUGGUCGAUACAGAAAGAAUCGUUAUAAUCAACGACGUGAUUGUCGCUACAUGAAGAGCCUAGGAAAAGGGCUUAUUUUAAUAAUUAAAAGAAAACUGAAGAAUUUGAAAAUCCUCAUUUGUGGGAAGGCGCACAUUUUUACGGUGUCUCUAUACUAACACGUGACAAAGAUUUUUUCAGCUAAAAUCGUAUUAUCUUGCCUUUGUCUUUUCGAAAUACUCAAUACAAUGUUUAGAAUAGAUUUUAAGUUUGAGAAAAAAAAGCUACAUUGAAAUUUUUGAAGCUAUAAACUUUUUUGGAGUUUGGUAAUCUUCAAAUAAAUUUUUUAACUGAAUGUAACAGAUAAAGGUAGGUAUAAAAGGAAUGAACCUUGAUGCGGAAGUCGAUGGCCUCCAUGUCGAUGGGACGAAUUCGAAAGAUGCGUCGAAGAAAUAUAAAUACGACGAGGCCUCAAUCUGGACCGAGGAUCUUGCCAAAGCAACGACGGCUACUGGUUACUGGCCCGAUAAACAUCCGAGGUUCUGCUAA